UCAGCUCGCCACCACGUACGCCCUUCCAGCGCGCCACGUGGACCGCGCCUGCGCGCUGCGCCGCGCCCCGGAAGCGCUUCUCGCUCGCGGCGGCAACCCGGAAGUAGCCCCGGGCGUCGGGGCUGGCGCGACGGGCUUGGAUGAGGUGAGGCUGCCGAGCGCAGCUGAGCGGGACAUGGCGGGCACGGCGCUGAAGAGGCUGAUGGCAGAGUACAAACAAUUAACACUGAACCCUCCAGAAGGAAUUGUAGCAGGCCCCAUGAAUGAAGAGAACUUUUUUGAAUGGGAGGCAUUGAUCAUGGGCCCUGAAGACACCUGUUUUGAGUUUGGUGUUUUUCCUGCCAUCCUGAGCUUCCCACUGGAUUACCCACUGAGUCCUCCAAAGAUGCGUUUCACCUGUGAGAUGUUUCACCCCAACAUCUACCCCGAUGGCAGAGUCUGCAUCUCCAUCCUCCAUGCGCCAGGCGACGACCCCAUGGGGUACGAGAGCAGUGCCGAGAGGUGGAGCCCUGUGCAGAGUGUGGAGAAGAUCCUGCUGUCAGUCGUUAGCAUGUUAGCAGAGCCCAAUGAUGAGAGUGGCGCCAAUGUAGAUGCUUCUAAAAUGUGGCGGGAUGACCGUGAGCAGUUCUACAAGAUUGCCAAGCAGAUUGUACAGAAGUCCCUGGGGCUGUGAGGCUGUGCCCCUCCCCUCAGCACACGGGCACUCCACAGAGCCAUUCCAGCCUGCUCCUACAGACCCUUGGCGGCAGUGCUGCCCUGCUGGCAACAGAACAGGCAGCUUACAGAACCACAGCCUCCUGUCUCUUAUCUUUUCACCCAGACAGGCCUCUCUCCGGGACUGAUGGCUCACUGUUUGCUGCAGCAUUCAUGGGUCCUCCUGGGUGCCCAGGUCAGCCAUCCACCCUGUUGUCACUACCUCUCCUUCAGCAGCAGUGUGGCCACAGCUGCCCUCCCCUCCUGGGGCACAGGCCACUCUUGGGCAGACAGGACACCAGCGCAGCUCCUCAUGACUUGUGGCCUUGGUAGAAGCAGUAGGUAGAGCUGUGGGCUCCUUGUGGGUGCCUGGUCCCAUGUGCCCAGGAGGUAUCCACUUUCUCGCCUGGUACUUAGCAACAGGGCUUGUUCUCACAGGUGCUGCCGCAUUCUCAUCCUUAGUUGUCCUUCUGAGAGAUGCUUUGGAAAUACAUCUGUGAGGAACAAGGACGUAGAACUC